AAAAAUUCAUCUUUUCAUCUGAGAGUCAAGUAAAAAUAGUUGAAUGUGUGUUGCAAUCUUGUGUGUUAGUAUCCGAAGAACUCCGAAGACCGAUAUUUAAAAGAUGUAUUGGCAGGGUAGUGAACUUGAAUAUGACCCCCCCCACCAGUUUUAUUAUCUAGAUAGUAAUCAUUUAUAUGUUCAUUAACGUAGAUUCCGGUGUUUGGUCGUUGUCUAUCGUACCGCGUGUGCUACGUUGUUACUUUGAAUAGUUAGAAUUCCGUAAUCUCUAAAAAUUAUAAAAAAUAUAUUAAAAUACAUAGUGUUUAUUUUUUGAUAAGCGUUUCCUACACUCUAAGAAGAUUACUAACUAAUAUUAAAAAUGACUGAAGCGGUUGUUAAUGGAAAAGAUACACGUUGUUUGUUCAUUAAUAAUGGAGAUGAUUUGUUAACAUUAAAAAAAGUGGUAUCCAAAAAGGCUGAUAGCAUUGACUGUGAAAAGUUAAAACAUAAAAAAUCCAAAGAAAUUAAUGGGAAUCAUCAAAAAACUGAUAGUUUGAGUUAUGAUGUUGACAAUACUUCAUCAUUAGAACCAAAUCUUGAGAUGGAUAGUGAUACUGACCGUAAUAUAACUAUAGAUUCUAUUUGUACGCAGGAAGAUAGAGAAUCAGAAAAUAUUGAUGUGUCAAAUGAAAAUUCAAAUGAAGCUGAUAUUAAAAACAGUGAAAAUCAGAUAAAUGUUAUGAAAAGCCCAGAUGACAUUCCAUAUUCACCAAAUACAUCAUUGGAUGAUAAUGAAUACUCAAAUGAUUUAGAAGACGAUUUUGAUUUCAAUAAUGUGAAAUCACCUGGCUCAUAUUUUAACAUAUCAUCACGAGCACCAUUGCAUUCAAAUUUAGAAUUGGAUACAACCUUAGAGGAAGAUUUUGGCUCUGUUGAUAAAAGUGUUUUACUAGGUAAUGAAAAGAAAAGAAAAUGUGCAGAAUCACCUGGAAAAGAUCAAGUACCAAGCAAAGUAUUUAAGUUAUGGAACAUAAUGAAAUAUCCAUUUAAUAAAAUUACAACUGGUUUACUGGUUAAUGGUAAUCAGAUAGAUACUUCUAAAGCAGAUAUUGUUGAUGAAGAAGUUAGUGAAGUGUCUAAAACAGAAUUCAAUAGUAAUCAUUUAAAAUCUGACGAAUUAAAGAACAAUAGUGAUAAAUCAAAAUCUGUUGAAAAAAAUGUUAUUAAUACUGAAAAUAAAAAUCAAUCAUUGCAAAUUUCAAACAAUGCUGCAAUUGAAAACCAACAGCGAUCUUGUUGUUUAAUGUAAUGAGUUUAUUGCAAAACUAUUCAUAGUGUUUUGAAAGAAAAGUUUUCAUUGAAUAUUAUAAUUCUAUAGCUUCAUCUCAUCCUAUGACAAUUUAUUUCAUGUUUUAAAUUAAAAGGAUUUGUAAUAGUUAGUCUUAUUUUUUUUAUUAAGAAAUGACCCAUGUAGUCCUCAUAUUUUUUAUUUUUGUAUUUAUUGAUAUUUUUGUUUGAUUCUAAAUAUCUUACUUAUUUAUUUUAUUUUUAUUUUUAAAAAUAAAAAAAUCAUCUUUUUCUAAUUAUAUUACUGAAAAACUACAAAUUACCUUAAUUUAUUGAAAAUAGUUAAAAUAAAUUGUUUCCACUCACUGAUUAUCAUCAAAAUUGUAUUCUAAUUUUAAAUGGUUCCUUUUACUUUUGAUAGAAAAGAUAUUUAAGUUUAGUGAUUUUUUUUGUGUGUCUAUUAAUAUCUUUACAUUAGUUAUUAAA